UACUCCAGCACAGUACUAGUACCUCCAAACUGUACUCCAGUACAGUGCUAGUACCUUUAAACUGUACUCCAGCACAGUACUAGUACCUCCAAACUGUACUCCAGUAUAGUACUAGUACCUAUAAAGUGUACUAGCUAUUUAUACAUUAAAAUAUUUAUUAAAAACAACGUUUACUUCAAUACCUCUGUAGACCACAUGUACUUUGUGUACUUUCUGUAAUUAUUGUGAAGUCACGUGACUACUGAUCAGCUGAUCAGUGUUAUGAGCUGUUUACUGUGUUUAUCUGAAGGCCGCUAUGUUCGCUAUGUGAGACACUCAAUCUACCCCCCCCCCCCCCUCCACCACCACUCCAGAAACAAACAUCCACACAUGGAGUUGAUGAGGGGGGGGCGGGCAGCAAGAGGAGCGGGACACAGCAGAAGAACAAGACGCAGAUCACUGGGGGUGAGACUAUAAAAGUGAGAAGGAGCUGAGGACGGAGGUUUGACUGAGAGACAGACGGUUUGUGACUGCAGGCUGAACCAGGAUUAGAACGUUUAUACAGUUUCUCAGUUGGAUUUUAGGGACUCCUUCAGACCAGGUGUGUCUCAGGUGUGUCAUCAUGCCGUGGCUGCUGUCCUCUCAGGUGGAGCGUCUGUCCUCGUCUCCGUCUCAGCGUCAGUGUGAGCGGACGUCGUUCUCCUUCUACUGCGCCGUGCGGGAGCAGCUUCCUGUCUGGCUACUGGAGGACAUGCGCGGCAUGGAGGUCUUCAGCUGGGAGGACGGACAUCCUCGAGCCUUCCUGCCGUCCGAGGCGCUGCUGUACGCGCUGGUCCACGACCACCAGGACUACGCCCGCUUCCUGCUCAACAAGUACACAGAGAGCGCACUCAGGCCACCCUGCUGCAGCUUCUGCUGCUGCCGCAGCAGCGGCGCACCACACCUGACCUUGGCAGUGCGCUACAACCGCGUGUCGAUCCUCGGCAUGAUGGUGGCGGCUCUGAAGGAUGGUCACAUGCAGGACUUCCUGGACAGCCGGGGCGGUUGUUUACAUGCGGCAGACGCGGGAAAGACGGCGGUGCAGCUGGCGGUGGAGCUGUCGCGGCCCGACUGUCUGCUGCUGCUGCUGGUUCACGGCGCGCUCCCCACUGGUCUGGACGCCGCGCUGCAGCGACUCGUCUCCUGCGACGGCGCGGACCGCCGCCACGCGCAACGCUGCCUCGACUUCCUGCUGCUCUUCCUGCCCAAACCUCCAGCGCUGUGCCGCCUGCGGGACGAGUCGCAUCGCUGGCAAAGCCUGCUGGGAAACGAAGUGUUCAGCUGGCUGUGUGGUCUGGCUCCGCCUCCUCUCCUACUGCAGGCACUCAGGUGUUUGGCCCGGUCCGGCCCGGAUCAGAUCACCGCGCUGCCCGACUUCCUGCGGCUGCACAGCUGGCAGUGACUUCAUCUGUCACAAUGGAAACGACACUGUAAAUGUAAACAAAGACUUCGAACAGUCCCGAUCAGUGAUCAAUACUGUUCAGUCAGUUCAGUUCAUCUGGACCGACAGGCUUUAGGACCCUGAGGGGACUGAAGGAGCAGCUGCUGUGAGGAAGGCGAUAGAGCUUCAUCAUAACUAUAAUGAUGUCAUCAGAUAACGACACAACAUUUGAACAUUUUAAAGGUUUUGUUGCAUGAAUGUAAAUCUGAUAAUAAACACGUUUCUACCUCCUGAUGAUAAAAGAGAAGAAGAGUUCUCUUCUCAUUUUGAGCUGAUUGAUGAAGGAGUCUGUUAUCUGAACAGCUUCAUGUCACUUCUGCAGCUUGAAAUAUUCUCAAUCAUAUCUCUCAUAUUGAUUGUUCAUCAAUACAGCUGAUCAAUAUCUCUUCUGUGUAUAAAGUGUACAUUUAAGUUAGUUUGAGUUCCAGUCAGAAAUAUUCUGGAUUUUUACAUGAAGAAGUUUGAGAUGUUGAAUGUUUUGUUACUACUUAUAUUUGCAUACAGAUCUUAAAACCUCUGGUGAUGAUCUGCUCAUUUUGGGACAUUUUUAAAGAUCCAGGUCCAUCUUUAUCAGAGCAGGAACCUUUACUUUAUGUGUGCUGAACAAAUAAAAUGUGUAUUGUUAAUUGUUAAACUGGAUUGAUGAAAAAUCAGUGUUUUAUCAACACUGUGAUGAAAAUAAAAUAUAAUUAUUAAA